AUGGAGGAUUCAAAAAAUGAGGAUUCGGACAGUGGGUUAGCUUUUUUUAGAAGUAUGUAUAACAAAUAUAGAGAUGCCGUUUUGAGCUAUAUUAAUGAUUAUACAUUAGAGGAUGAUGUAAAAUAUAUUAUUUCAAAAUAUUAUAAGGUUCUAUUUGAUUAUAAUUGCUUGGGUGGAAAAAAUAAUAGAGGUAUCUUAGUAAUAUUAAUUUAUGAAUAUGUAAAAAAUAGAGAUAUUAACAGUUCUGAAUGGGAGAAAGCAGCUUGUUUAGCGUGGUGCAUAGAAAUUCUGCAAGCAUCGUUUUUAGUAGCUGAUGAUAUAAUGGAUAAAGGAGAAACUAGAAGAAAUAAAUUUUGCUGGUAUUUACUAAAAGAUGUAGAAACAAAAAAUGCUGUAAAUGAUGUGCUAUUUUUAUACAAUGCUAUUUACAAAUUAAUCGAAAUAUAUAUACGAAAUGAAAGUUGCUAUGUAGAUAUUAUUAAUUCUUUUAGAGAUGCCACUUUAAAGACAAUAAUUGGUCAGCAUUUAGAUACUAAUAUAUUUUCUGAAAAGUAUUCUGACAAAAAUAAAGACAUUGAUAUUAAUGAUAUUGACAUACCAGAGCACUCAAAAAUUAAUGUUAAUAUGAUUAAUUUUAAAGUUUAUCAAAAUAUAGUUAUUCAUAAAACCGCAUAUUAUUCCUUUUUCUUACCUAUUGUUUGUGGUAUGCAAUUAGCAGGAAUAUCAAUUGAUAAUUUAAUAUACAAAAAGAUUGAAGAUAUUUCUAUUUUAAUGGGAGAAUAUUUUCAAGUUCAUGAUGACUAUCUAGAUGCUUUCGGUGAUACCAGUAAAACAGGAAAAGUUGGAUCAGAUAUACAAAAUAAUAAAUUAACAUGGCCUUUAAUAAAAGUAUUUGAAUUAUGCACAGAAGCAGAUAAAGUUAAAAUAAUUAAGAAUUACGGGAAAAAUAAUGUAGCAUGUGUAAAAAUUAUUGAGAACAUAUACGAAAAAUAUAAUAUUAAGCACUGUUAUAAGGAAUAUGAAAAGAAUCAAAAAGAAAAAAUAUUAAUAGCUAUAAAUGACAUACACCAUGAAGGUAUAGAAUAUGUCUUAAAAUAUUUGAUGGAAAUUUUAUUUACUGGUGCAUAA